AUGUUGUGUGACCCUCGCGUGCGUUUCGAGCACAUCGGCGGGCACAUGUCUGUCUGGUGCGACGAUGGCCCAGUGGUCGAAGAAUCCCGUGAGCUGUGGUCCAAGUUCGAAGACCAGCCGAAGGUGGAUGCCUCCUACCCCGGACUUCAAAUUCCUCAACCAGAAGAGCACCAGAUCCGGUCCUAUCGUUUGAAAGUGAUCAAGGCCACCAGACCCGAGCAGUAUGCCCGGAAGAGCACGGUGAAGCAUGCCGUCAGCUUGAAGCUGGGUUGGGCCUAUGAGGGAGCGAGUUUUCAUCCUGGGAAGUGGGACCAGGAGAGCUGGAGCAUAUCCGGCAUGGGCAGUGUCUGCUGCGACGAGGGCUAUCAAAAACCUUGGUUCUAUCCGAAGAAUCGAAAGUACCCCAUUGGCUUCAGCGUUGAGUCCUCGAUUGAGACGGCUGUGUGCCCUCGCAACGACGGCUCCAUCGACAUCUAUUUCCGCGUGGAUGGCUUUGACAUCGAAUCUCCUCUGCUGCAGGCUAGCAGAUGGAGCUCCUGGUGGCGUCCUACACCGGUCUUUCGCAUUCCCGCGGAGCAGGCCCAUCAAGGACUGCCGAUGCCUGCGGUGGCCGGAGGUAUCAACUGCGGACCCGGCUGGCGAGUUCAGCUCGAGACGGAGAUCUCCCCGGAGUUCCGACGCGAAGUUCUGGGUGAGGAGACGCCAGCGCUACCCAGGGUGCCGCGUGCGCCCAGUGCGUCAGUGCCAAGUGUGGAGGAACCAGAGGAGCCACCACGAAAAAAACGCUGCUGCCGGGAGAAUCCUCCGCAGGCGAAAUUCUGCAUGGAGUGUGGUGACCCACUUGGAAUCAAAGCACAAGGAUCGACAAACCAAGACGAGUUGCAGAUCAUUGGAUUUUCAGUGGAGGGGCUCGAGGAAACCAUCGAAGAAGACGAUUGGGACGCUUUGCGUGCGCUAGUGCACAGCAAGGCAACGUUGGCAGUGAAGCAGGAGGAUGAGAACGCGCCGCUUCCAAUCGAGGAGGAGCCCGAGGUGGUACCACUAGAGGAUGUUUGGCCGCUUCAGAAGACUAUCUCCCGCAGAUUCAGGAAUGGCGCGUCCUUGGAGUCUUUGAUUGCCAGUUUGAAUACAGAUCGCCAACUUCCCAUGAAGGACAACAGGUUAAUUUUGAACAUGGCCAGGGCUGAGAUUAAUGGACACGUUCGCUACUACACCUUCGACCACAGAAGGUGCUGGUGCAUGCUGCAAGCGGGUGUGACGAUGGUGCGGGCCAGGAUCCGAUUGCAGGGGCCAGCAUUCAACGAGAUGGUUCGCAAGAGAAACGGCCUUGGAGCUGUACCGCUCUACAGGUUGGGACCGCGGCGCUAG